GGGGUGUUGCAGGUCAUUCUGCCGCCAAUGCAAUCAAAUGGGAGCAGACGACGACACGUGUAAGAUGGGGGAAGCAGGCAAAGUCAAGAAAUUUGGCUCCAACAGCGUGGAAAUGGAUGAAUUUGGUCCUCAGUUGAAACUGCUCAAGGCAAAUGACCAGAUACGGGAACUUCAGACGAUUAUCAGAAAUAAGGCAACAUCAAGAGGAGAUUUUGUAUUCUAUGCGGACAGAUUGAUCCGGCUGGUAGUUGAGGAGGGUUUGAACCAACUCCCAUACACCAAUGCAGUGGUGACCACACCGACUGGUUGCAAGUAUGAUGGAGUACAGUUCGAGCACGGAAACUGUGGUGUCAGCAUCAUGAGAAGUGGUGAAGCAAUGGAACAUGGUUUGCGUGAUUGCUGUCGUUCCAUUCGCAUUGGCAAGAUCCUCAUCCGGAGUGACGAUGACACUAACGAGGCCAAAGUCUUCUAUGCUAAGUUCCCUCCCGACAUUCACAAGAGAAGGGUACUUCUCAUGUACCCCAUAUUAAGUUCAGGGAAUACAGUUAUCCAAGCUGUGCGUGUCCUCGCUGAGCAUGGAGUCAAAGAAAACAUGAUUGUGCUGCUCACCAUUUUCUGCACGCCAAAUGGUGUUCGUUCAGUUAUCAACAAAUACUCAGGAAUCAAAAUACUCACGUCGGAGGUGCAUCCAGUCACGCCAAACCACUUUGGACAAAAAUACUUUGGAACAGAUUGAAGCAGACCCAGAAAAUGCUAAAUAACAUUUGUG